UUUGAAUUUCUUGUUGUGAUUCUUCGUGAAAUUUCAAUCUUAGCGCAGUUUUAAUUUAUUGUUCCACGGUUUUGUGUAGUUGCUAAAAAUGACUAUUGCAAUAGGUUUUGAAGGAAGUGCUAAUAAAUUAGGUGUUGGAAUUAUACAAGAUGGUGAAGUUUUGUCAAAUUGCAGAGCCACCUAUGUUACGCCUCCUGGAGAAGGUUUUCUACCUCGAGAUACUGCUCAUCAUCAUCAGAGACAUAUUUUAGAUGUACUGCAGAAAGCAUUAGAUGAAGCUGGGAUCAAGCCAAAAGACAUCGAUGUUGUUUGUUAUACUAAAGGGCCUGGUAUUGCUGCACCUUUGGUAUCUGUUGCUGUUGUUGCUCGAACAGUUUCCCAACUAUGGGAAAAGCCUAUAGUAGCAGUUAAUCACUGCAUUGGUCACAUUGAAAUGGGACGACUAAUAACUGGUGCUGAUAAUCCAACAGUUCUGUAUGUGAGUGGAGGAAAUACACAGGUAAUCAUGAAAACCAUUGUUAUCUUUAUUAAUAUCAUAUAA